AGAACAUUAUGAGUGAACACGAAUACAAUAUAUUGUUACCUGCUGAUUACCUGAUGUCAAUUACUGUUCAGGUGUAGUAAUCUACGCACAUUCAUUGUCACGCAUGGUUGCACGAUGCAGUUGACAUGUCCCCAGAUGAGUUUAUAACUGUCGGGGGUAACGUCAUUGAAUAGCGUGUCACUAGAGUCAAUCCAAGCAGACAGACAAAACGGGCGUGGAUUUAAAUUCUCAUACUCGUGCUAGACAGAAAGAAAGCCGGACGUUUUGGACCCUUUUCCUUUGAGGGAUAAACAAGUUUUAUAUUCCUCCUUGAAAACAUGGCUCUGUUAUUUGGUGUUUUACUUUUGGUAGUUUUUCCGUGUGUCUAUAAGGCUGAACUGGACAUACAUGAGGACCAUGUAGAAAUGAUGUUGGAUCCUUUUGAUAAACUUAAGGAUUUACUAGAUGUGCACACAACAGGACUCACUUUAGCUAAUGUGAAUAAACUUAUUCAGAGACUUUCAGCGAGGAUUCAUUGUACUACACAGACAACCCCACAAGUGUCUGCGCCCCCCUCUUGUGGGCGAUCCCUGUGUAUUUCUGGAAAUGACGUUUUUAGCUACCUCGGUCUCGGAGACACAGAUGAGCUGUUAGAAUCCAGUUUCGGGGACUUGUCCAAUCUUCUGGUGUAUUAUACGACGAUCGCAAAGAAUAACUGCGGGCAACCGGUGUCCAUCAAUGCUGGGUCGUCUAAGAAAUUUUAUAGUGAUGAACUCACUCGAUAUUUCACAAGAGGUCAACUGGUACUGAAUUCACUGACAGCCAAAACUCUACAAGAAGCCAUCGACGAAUUGAAUGAUGUUUACGAAUCGGACGACGAAAAGGACGAUAGUCAUGACGAUGAUCACUCAGAUGAACAUACAGACGGCGACAAUGACCAUUCUCAUGAGCAUAGCGAUGAAAUGACGACAAAACAUGGCCAUACUGAUGACCAUGGUCAUGAUGAUCAUGAUAACGAUCACGUGACCGCGCCUACCAUGGUCCAUGAUGACCAAUCGACGGAGUCGGUUCACGAUAGCCAUGAACAUGACGAUGACCAUGAUAGCCAUGAAGCGGACAGUCAUGAACAUGAUGAUGACGUCCCCAAAGUCAACCUUCAUAAGACUAAAUGUUUGAGUGCAGGUCGGUUGUAUGAUGAGAUGUACAAAGAUCCGCUAGAGGACGCGUUUGGUGAUGAGCACGAUUUAGAGGCCCUGUCCCAGCUGCUCCUCUAUCACAUGUUGUCAGGGGAUAAGGUGUUAAGUAACUGUCGUCUGCUACCGAGGAAGAACUACAUCGAGAAUGGUCUUCUGGAGUACGUCCAUGCCUUCAACAACACCAUCCAGAAGACGGAGCUGCAAGGUUUACUGACUACUCUUGGUUUGGUACAAUCCAGCACGGCAACAGCAGUAACGGGAGAAAUUCAUGACGGACAUGACCAUCGCAGACGCAAGAGGGCGCUCCCAGAUACACCUACCUUUGACAAGAAAUGCUACAAUGCGGAUGAAAUCAUAGCCAUCUACAAUUCAAGAAACACUGACACCUUGUCCAAACAAAACUUCCUGGAACUGUGUCCAUCUCUGAUAUACCAGCAAGUAACAAAGGCAUGCCAACCGCUUCCCAAGGAAGGGGAAAACCAUCAUCUGGGAACCGCUGAAGCAUACGGAUACGGUACUGUGGCCGUCUUUAUCGUCUGCCUCUGUGCAAUAGGCGCCAUACUCUUUAUUCCGCUGGCCAAUACGAUCUGUCUGAACACCUUUGACUACGUCCUGGCCGUCUUUCUGGGAUUGGCUGUCGGAACUCUGGUUUCUGAUGCUAUUCUCCAUCUCUUUCCAGCUGCGUUUGGUUUACACGUGCACGAUGAUGAGCACGGGCAUGCUCACGGCGAUGAGAUAGUGAUGGAACCCUACGUGGGAUACGGACUAGCCGCCAUGGCAGGUAUAUACGCAUUCUACUUCAUGGAGAUGAUGUUCAAUUUGUUAAGUAAGGGAGAUAACUACGAGGACAGUCACGGACACUCACACAUGCCAACCUUGGAUAAAUUCGAACUGCACAGCGGUCAGAAAAAUGGAAAGUCGGAGUCGCGGUCUGAAUUAUAUGAAGUACGAAGUGAAGCAGAUUCCGAGUAUAAAACAAAUGUUACAUCACCUGGGGCCAAAUCCCUGAUUCUGAUGGUUUUGUUGGGAGACGCCUUGCAUAAUUUCGCCGACGGUCUGGCCAUCGGUGCAGCGUUCACUGAAAGUCCAUCAGUCGGUAUUGCCACGACUAUUACCGUGUUCUGUCAUGAGCUGCCACACGAACUUGGGGACUACGCCAUUUUGGUAUCCAGUGGCAUGUCUAGAGCCCGAGCCUUAAUCUUUAACUUCCUGUCCUCAUUAACUGCUUUCAUUGGUCUAUACAUCGGGGUUUCCGUGUCAACCGACAACACGGUCCGCCAAUGGAUCUUCGCCGUCACCGCGGGACUCUUCUUGUACAUUGCUCUGGCAGAUAUGUUGCCACAUAUGACAAAUGGCGGAAAGGGCUCCCGAGGGAAGAGACUGCGGAUGAUCAUUUGUAACAACGUUGGCAUUUUUCUUGGGGCGGUGAUUUUAGUUCUCUUGUCCUUAUUUGAAUCCAAAAUCAAAGUGUAAUGUUUGUUGCAAUAUUUUAAAAAAAAUGUGCAAUGAAAAUUUUAAGUCCUCUGAUUACACAUUUGUAUAGAGGUUAUUUUAUUUUUUUCUUUAAAAAAAUAUCAAAAUGUUAUUGGAAUGUUACAUAACUAUGCAAUAUACAUUUGUGCAAACUUUCAUCAAUUCAAAACAUUUACAUGAUUUAUAUCCUCUGAUGGAGUUUUCUUUAUCGCCUUAUUGUUUUUGUAUGUGUCAUUUUCAUCUUCAUUUAUCUAAACCAAUAUUAAAAUGAAAAAAAAAUAUUUGAUCACCAUUUCAUAUGACCCCGAAAUAUGCAUGUCUAUUUUAUUCAUGAAAGAAAAAUGUGAAUAUGGAAUAACAAUGUGUACGCAUAUAAUUAUAUUCAUUUCGAAACACAUACUAAAGUACGGGAAACCGGUGGUUGAUAAAAUAUCUUUCCUACCUGGCACCUACCGGCUUCCAUACUGAAGACAAAUUGUGCACAAGGAAAGUGCUUUGUUUCAAUGCACAAAGGUACUAGGACAGGAUACGCUUUCAUAUUCAGGAACCACAAUGGCGUCGUUAACCUGUUAUAGAAAUUCCUAUAUUUGUGCACUUGUAAGUUGCUCUUUUGUGUCUGUGAUAUACCAGCAAAUGUUUUAUUGUACUCUAUCAAUUAUAAUUAACCCUUUCAUUUUAUUUCACGUCGGAGAUGUAACUAUAUGAAUUACAUGGACACAACUUUUUAGUUGAACUUGUUUGUUCAUUUACUUAAUAUGUUAUAGAUUAGAUCUUCAUUUACAUGUCUAGGUGAGCUUAUUUUAAUAUUUUCCGGUUGUUUAGAAAUGGGGAAAAAAUGCCGAAAAUCACCUAUGUAUAUUUUAAUGUAUUAUUUUUUUUGCGAUAAAUGUACAUAUACAUGUAUAUAGAAUGUGUUUUAACAAAACUCUCUUAACAGUCUUGGACAACUAAAAUCCAAAAUAUAAAAUAUUUACAAUUUACUUAUAUGUAGAAACGGGACAAAAUGUGUUUAGCACUGCUGCAGUGCAGUUUGUUUUAAUAUCAAUGUGAUGUUACAAAUACAUAACAUGUGUACGUUUCUUAACAUUUCUAUAUAAGGAAUUAAAAAUAUAAAGUUC